AUGUCACAUAUUAAAAGCUAUUUUUUAAUAGUGUUAGCCUUCAAUUUAGUAGCUCAAAACUCCUUGGGAUUAUCGCCGGUUAUUUUUAUUCCGGGUGAUGGUGGAAGUCAAUUGGAGGCAAAAAUUAAUAAAACAAGUGUAGUGCAUUAUAUAUGUGAGAAAACAUCACAGGACUUUUAUAAUAUAUGGCUAAAUUUGGAACUAUUAGUACCUUUUGUUAUUGAUUGUUGGGUUGACAAUCUGAAGCUGGAAUAUGACAAUGUUACAAGAACAACUAAAUAUCCUGCUGGAGUUGAAAUUAGAGUGCCAGGGUGGGGCAGUCCAGAACCUGUGGAAUGGUUGGACCCUUCUCAUGACUCUGCUGGAGCAUAUUUCAACACUAUAGGUGAUGCUCUGGUCAAAAUAGGAUAUGUUAGAAAUAUAUCACUAAGAGGGGCCCCAUAUGAUUUUAGAAGAGCACCAAAUGAAAAUGCAGAGUUUUUUGUUAAGUUAAAAUCUCUUGUAGAAGAGACUUAUAUCAUGAAUAAUAAGUCAGCGGUAACACUUUUAGUGCACAGUAUGGGGGGGAAAAUGGGUCAACAUUUCCUUGGGCUGCAAAGUCAGGCUUGGAAGGACCAGUAUAUAAGACGCAUGAUUUCUCUAUCUACCCCUUGGGGAGGAGCUAUGAAAGCCCUUAAAGUUUUUGCUAUUGGCGACGACUUGGGCUCUCUAAUGUUGAGCCAGAGCACGCUGCGCGCAGAGCAGAUCACGUGCCCGUCGCUCGCGUGGCUGCUGCCCUCGCCCAACUUCUGGAAGCCCUCAGAGGUGUUGGUGCAGACGGACAAGUUCAACUAUACAAUUAAUGAUCUGCAGAAAUUGUUUACUGACAUGGAAGUGCCAAACGCGUGGGAGAUGCGCAAGGACACACUGAAGUACUCGCAGGACUUCAACGCCCCCGGCGUCGAGCUGCACUGCAUCUAUGGAUACAACAUUUCCACCGUGGAAAGGUUGGUGUACAAGCCGGGCACGUGGCUGGACGGCACGCCGGCGCUGGCGGCGGGCGACGGCGACGGCACCGUCAACCUGCGCUCGCUCAGCGCCUGCGCGCGCUGGGCCGCGCCCGCGCCGCGCUACGCCCGCUACUUGUACGACAGGUACGACGUCGACAACAGCGUAGAUAAUAACAUACACAAAUACACACUGAACGGACGACCGAUCAAAACCCUACCCCUAAAAUCUGCGGAACAUCUAAAGAUCUUACAGGAUAAGAGAGUCAUCGAUUAUAUUACUACGGUUCUGAGCAAUGAU